UUUUAUUGGCAAAAUCAUAGUCUCGUGAUAAACCUUAAAAUAAAACCCAAAAAAUGGAGCCUCCCCAGGACACCUCCGAGAACCCUAACGAUGUUGUUUCCGACGACUUCUCCUCACCGGAGAAUACCAAUCCGGAAGACCAAGAAAACCCUGGCGCCACACUCGAGCCCCCUAUUUCGGAUUCCCAAGAUGAAUCCUCCGACCCCGUCCCCGACGAGCAGCCCCAGAACACUAAUUCAAACCCCGCCGAGCCUGGCCCUCCCGUUCGUAGACGACGCCGCAGAAAGCGUUUCUUCACUGAACUCAAUGGCAACCCUUCGUUCUCGAAGAACCGUCGCCCUAGGAUAUCAGGCCUCGCUAAAGAAAUGGACACGGAAGCUUUAAUCGCAAUCUCGGUCGGUUUCCCUGUUGAUUCUCUUACUGAAGAGGAAAUCGAAGCUAAUGUGGUGUCAAGAAUCGGAGGCCAAGAGCAAAGUAACUACAUCGUCGUAAGAAACCACAUUCUCGCUCGCUGGAGAUCCAAUGUUUCUGUCUGGUUGACGCGUGACCACGCGCUCGAAUCAAUCCGAGCCGAACACAAGAACCUAGUUGACUCUGCGUACAAUUUUCUUCUUGAACACGGUUACAUUAACUUUGGUUUAGCCCCGGCUGUUAAAGAAGCGAAAUUGAAGUCAUUGGAUGGCGUGGAAAGAGCCAAUGUAGUGAUUGUGGGUGCGGGUCUUGCGGGUUUGGUUGCGGCGAGGCAGUUAGUUUCGAUGGGGUUUAAAGUUGUCGUCUUGGAAGGUAGGUUGCGCCCUGGGGGGCGCGUGAAGACAAGGAAGAUAAAGGGUGAUGGCGUGGUGGCUGCAGCGGAUCUUGGUGGGAGUGUCCUCACCGGAAUAAAUGGGAAUCCACUUGGGGUUCUUGCGAGGCAAAUGGGAUUACCUCUUCAUAAGGUGCGAGAUAUUUGCCCCUUGUAUUUGCCAGAUGGAAAGGCAGUAGAUGCUGAUGUUGAUUCUAGGAUAGAGGUUUCUUUUAAUAAGUUAUUGGAUAGAGUUUGUAAGCUUAGGCAUGCUAUGAUUGAGGAAGUUAAAUCUGUUGAUGUUCCAUUAGGGACUGCGCUAGAAGCCUUUAGGAGUGUUUACAAGGUAGCUGAGGAUUCACAGGAGAGGAUGCUGUUGAAUUGGCAUCUUGCAAAUUUAGAAUAUGCUAAUGCUUCCUUGAUGUCUAAUUUGUCCAUGGCAUAUUGGGAUCAAGAUGACCCAUAUGAGAUGGGUGGUGAUCAUUGUUUUAUACCUGGGGGCAAUGAGAGGUUUGUUCGAGCACUUGCUGGGGACCUUCCUAUUUUUUAUGGGAGGACUGUGCAGAGUAUCAGGUAUGGUAUUGAUGGGGUUAGGGUUUAUGCAGGUGGACAGGAGUUUCGUGGGGAUAUGGCUCUUUGCACAGUUCCAUUAGGAGUUCUUAAGAAGGGAUCGAUAGAAUUUGUUCCUGAGCUUCCACAAAGAAAGAAGGAUGCUAUUCAGAGACUAGGAUAUGGGCUGCUGAAUAAGGUUGCAAUGUUGUUUCCAUACAAUUUUUGGGGUGGAGAGAUUGAUACUUUUGGCCAUCUGACAGAAGACUCUAGUAUGAGAGGCGAGUUCUUUUUGUUUUAUAGCUAUUCUUCUGUGUCAGGAGGACCACUUCUUGUUGCUCUUGUUGCAGGGGAUGCAGCAAUUAAGUUUGAAAUGAUGUCUCCUGUUGAGUCUGUGAAAAGGGUAUUAAACAUAUUGCGGGGGAUCUUUCAUCCAAAAGGGAUUGUUAUUCCAGAUCCUGUUCAGGCUGUUUGUACCCGGUGGGGGAAAGAUUGCUUCACAUAUGGAUCCUACUCUUAUGUUGCUAUUGGUUCAUCGGGGGAUGAUUAUGAUAUUCUUGCUGAGAGUGUUGGAGAUGGCAGAGUUUUCUUUGCAGGUGAGGCAACUAAUAAGCAGUAUCCUGCCACAAUGCAUGGAGCUUUUCUAAGUGGCAUGAGAGAGGCUGCUCACAUACUUAGAGUGGCCAGGAGGAGGUCAUUGGCUCUGAGUGACAAAGUUAAUAGUGAUGACGAGGAAAGUGAUGGUUUGAAUAUAUUAUUUGAGAACCCUGACCUGACAUUUGGGAGCUUCUCAGCUGUUUUUGAUCCCAUUUCGAAUGAUCUUGGAUCUCAUGCAUUAAUAAGGGUCAAAUUCCACGGGGAUAAAUUGGACUCGAGUUUCUUGUGUCUUUAUGGCUUGAUAACAAGGAAGCAGACCAUUCAGUUAAGUGAACUGAAUGGAGAUGGGAACAGGAUGAAUUUGUUACAUCGCAACUUUGGGGUGAAGUUGGUUGGUAGGAAAGGAUUAUCAAAUAUGGGGGAGGCUCUUGUCUCACGCAUCAAAGCAGCGAAAUUUAAUCACAACGUAGGGGACUAGGGCUAAUGCUUCGGUGUUUGCCUCACCAGCUUUCCAAGCAUGAGAAAGAUGCUGCUGACUCGUUGGCAUGUCUCACGUUUGACUUUCUUUCCAUCAAACACUGGAUUGAUUCAAAUCGUUUGUAUUGGUAAUAACUAAUAACUAAUGGUAAGUAUUCCCACAUUCAAAGGGGUCCAGGUUAGUGAAUUUCAAUCUAGAACACGAUUCAUUCAGUUACCCGAUACUUGUAAUUCAUUGUUAAAAUUCCUUUUGAGGAAAUGCUGGAUUUCCAGUUCUUGCGUAUUCUGAUUGUGUCAAUCCUUCCA